AUGAAGAUGAAAAGAUCAAGUUCAGUGUCUAGUGAUGAAGAUAACUAUGAGACGAAGAUGAAUAAAAUUUCUGUUGAAGAAUUAAAGCACAAGUGCAACAUUUGUGGCAAAGCAUAUAGCAACGGAAAAGCAUUGGGUGGUCACCGAAGAUCUCAUUUUAUUAAGAAGAAAACUAAUCAUCAUUCUCAAAAGGUGAAAACUCCUCUCUCAAUUCAAGUUAGUAAUAAUUUCUGUGACGAGAAAAAGAAAUUUAGUUGUUAUAUUUGCGAUAGGAAGUUUUGGACAAACAAUGCUUUGUAUGGUCAUAUGAGAUCUCAUCCCGAUAGGGUUUUUAAAGGAGUUAGUCCUCCUUCUUCGAAUAAUUCUAAUUCGUCGACUCGACAAAACAAAGAAGAUGAGGAUGAUGAAGGUGAUGAUGAUUGUUCUUUGCCGAGAUGGCAAAAGAGAGAUAAAAGAGGUAGAAAAUGUAUUGGCAGUGCCGAGGCGGCUGCCAAUCUUCUGCUUCUUCGAUCUGAUAAGUGCUAUUCUAUUUUAUCUAGUGAUGAGUUAAAAACUCCUGAAUUUUUUAUUUCUCGUCGUAAAGAAGAUUUUCAUAUGUCUAGUGAUGAGUUAAAAACUCCUAAAUUCUCCGUUGAUCAGCAUGGGAUGAAGAUGAAAAAGAUUAAAAUCUUUAUAGGAUCUUCAUCGAUGAUUGGAAACAAAAGUAUUGAGAAUGAUAAUGAGAUUGAUGAAGCCGGCGAUCUGAAGUUAAAGAAAGGUAAAAGUUUAUCUCAAUCUAAUGUUGAAGAGAAAGAAAUUAACCCUCAUGAAGAACAACAUAUAUUGGAUUUUGAUUUGAAUGAGCCUUAUGUUAUGGAGGAGGAAUAA